GAUGGAGCGAAACAUUAAACUUGGAUGUUUUGCUUGUCACCGAGUACCGGUGUUUACUGAAUUGUGGUUUGUUCUACAAGAUCACCAAGCCGUGAAAAUGAAUAAUUCUUGAAAUAUUUCGUAAAUAACGAUUCAGGCGUGUCGUUUACAGCGAGUUAUGAGUUCUUGCUGUACAAGAAAUCUACUUUCUGACCAAGCGUAAGUACACCCUAAUCCAAGAUGGCUGAAGCGGUCAAGGUUAUCGUGAGAUGUCGCCCUCUUAACGGGAGAGAGAAGAGUCUCAAAUGCAAGACAUGCGUCAAGAUGGACGGCAAGCGCGGAUACUGCGAGAUCCUCAAACCGAACUCCAAGGAUCCUUCCAAGUCGUUCACGUUUGAUGGGGCGUACUUUGUCGACUCAACGACGGAACAGAUCUACGGUGAUAUAGCCUAUCCGCUGGUCGAUGGUGUGUUGGAAGGCUACAAUGGAACUAUCUUUGCUUAUGGGCAGACUGGAUGUGGAAAGUCGUUCAGUAUGCAGGGCAUCACAGACCCAGCCACACAGAGGGGUAUUAUACCCAGAGCAUUUGAGCACAUCUUUGAGAACAUUCAGGUUGCAGAGGGCUUGAAGUACUUGGUGCGGGCCUCCUAUCUAGAGAUCUACAAUGAAGAGAUUCGUGAUCUUCUUGGAAAGGACGCCAAGGCUCGUCUGGAACUCAAAGAACAUCCAGAUAAGGGUGUCUAUGUCAAAGAACUGACCAUGCAUAUCGUGCACAACAGGCGUGAGUGUGAACAGAUCAUGGAGCUUGGGUGGAAGAACCGUUCCACGGGUGCUACAUUGAUGAAUGCAGACUCGUCGCGUUCACAUUCCAUCUUCACCAUCCACAUAGAGAUGUGCGAGGUGGACGAUACUGGAGAGGAUCACAUCCGAGCCGGCAAACUCAAUCUGGUUGAUUUGGCCGGUAGCGAGAGGCAGGGCAAAACAGGCGCAACUGGAGACAGACUCAAGGAAGCGACAAAGAUCAACCUGUCGCUCUCUGCCCUGGGAAACGUCAUUUCAGCCCUGGUGGACGGCAAGUCUAAACACAUCCCCUACCGUGACUCCAAGCUCACACGUCUACUCCAGGACUCCCUCGGUGGUAACACCAAAACCCUCAUGGUCGCCUGCCUCUCGCCCGCCGACAACAACUAUGACGAGACCCUGUCGACGCUCCGGUACGCCAACCGUGCCAAGAACAUCAAGAACAAGCCCAAGAUCAACGAGGAUCCAAAGGACGCCCUCUUGAGGCAGUACCAGGAGGAGAUCAAGACGCUCAAGCAGAUGCUCAUGGGGGAGAUCCCCAUUCCUCCAGGUGGUUUUCCAGGCAUGGAGAUGAUGGCUGGUGCUUUGGGUGGGGCCCUGUCCAAGCCCCUCGCCCUGCCCCCUCCCCAGUCGGCAGAGGCCGCCCCCGAAGCCACCCCCUCCCAGGAAAGCACCCCUGAAGACACUAAUAUCAUGAAGGAACAACUUCAAAAGGAUUAUCAAGCCGAGCUUGAGGAGAUGAAGGCCAUGUAUGAGGAGGAACAGGUGUCUAAGGCUAAGCUCCAGCAAGACAUGGACCAGCUCAAGUCUUUGUAUGAUAACAAGCUAGCCCAGGUCUCAGAACAAGGAGGCGAAGCAUCACCAACAGAAGCGGGUCAGAAGGUUAUCACACUAGAGAGAGUACAACCUCCUCAGGACGGGGAAGCUGCUGCUAAGCCAGAUGCUUCAGGCAAGCCAGUUGCGCAGGGAGAGCAGCCCCGUGUUGAAGGGGAGCCGUCUGUACCCCCUACCGAGGAUGAGGGUCCCUCUGCACCCCGGUCCUCUCCUAAGAUGCCCCGUAAGGACCAGGGAGGUGGAUUCCUAGAUCAGGAGGAGGCUAUGAAGAGGCUACAAGCCCUGGAGCAUGAGAUGGUCGGAGGAGAGAGAGCUACCGAUGAAGGGCUGAAGGAGAAGAGGAGGAAGAAGUUGAAGCACGCUGAGAUGAGGAAGCUAACCCUCGCUAAGGCCAUCGCUAAGAUGGAUGAUGAUGGCAUCAUGCUAAACAUCUAUAGCAGUAUCGAGGACGAGCUGAAGGCGAAGAAUGAGCUGCUCAAGAAAGAACAAGAAAAGUUGAGGGCAGCAGAUUGUGAAAUCAGUGACCUGAAUGCCGAGUUUGAGUUUGAGCGUAUCGACUACCUGGACACGAUACGUAAGCAGGAGAAACAGAUCACCAUGCUGCAACAGAUCCUUGAUAGAGUACAACCAUGUCUACGAAGAGACUGCAACUAUUACAAUCUGGAUAAGAUAAAAGGAGAAUGCUCUUGGGAUGAGGAAGAGGGUCGCUGGAAGCUCCCCGAUCUCGUGGUCGUACGAGAGAAACUCCCCACCACCACACACCCAGGGGGCGCCAGCAUGCCGGGCGGCAUCAUGCCCGGAGGUCGCCAACCUUUGACCCAGAGAGGUCAACCCGAAAGGUCAAUGCCAAAUAACAACCGACCUCAGGCCAAUGGGUACCCUAAUGCCAACGGGAUCGGUCCUAGUGCAUAUGACGAACCGGAGGAGGAUCGUUAUCUACAGAAAUUGAACCAGUCCAAUCAUGACUCUGCAAUAGAUUAUUUCAAACCUAAGAGGGCCAACAAGCUACUAAACAACUCUGAUUCCAACAGGACUUUGACCGCAGACCUUCCGAUGCGUGGCCCCUCCCCCAAUUUCCUCACCAACACUGACAUGGCCGCCGCGUCCGUCCACGGCCAGCUGGGCCCGGCUGACGUCCCCAUGAGACGCCCCAUGCGACUAGAGGCCCUCCCCACGGGCAAGCCCAAGAAGGGCAAGAAGAAGCACAACACACUGGAACCGCUUUAAGAAGGCAGACAGGGCGCCGCACUUGCACCCUAGAUGUUCUGGGGCAACUUUGGGGGUUGGUGGGGCAAGUGGACUGAGUGUUUUGCUGAGAGCAGAGAGGAUUUGCGGCUGAACUAGAUUCAUUUGAAAGAAUUACUAGUACAUGUGCAUGUAGAUUUUAAUGAUAGGAUUAUUUCUAUGCGUAUACUGUAUUUUCCCUUUGCUGUCAACACAAUUGUCUGUUUAAUAGUUGUACCCUGUGCCCACCAUAUAUACACCAUGUGUGCACCAUGAGUGCACCAUCUAUGUCCCCAUUGUGCACCAUGAGUGCACCACAAUUAUGACAACUGUCUGCUAUGUGUGCACCGGUGUGUACCAUGAAUACAUCUCAUGUGUACCAUGUGUGCAUCAUGCAUACGUCAUAUGUGUACCAUUCAUACACCGUGAAUACAUCAUGAGUGUACAAUGCAUACACCAUGACGUUACCCUUUGUGCUCUAAGGUUACAUCACAUAAGCACCACAAGUGCACCAGGUAGUCUAGACCUCAUUUUUGUUUCCAUCAGCCAGUAGAACAUGCUAUGACAUUUAAUUUGUACUAAUUGACAAAACAUAAACAAAAUUACAGAUGCUGAAAAAAGUCAUCUGAUUGGUUGUUCGCUGGUUAAAAACUUCUUUUACACAAUCAAUUUGAAAAUUGAUUCAACCCCAUUCUCUCAUAGCUGUCUAGAUGCCGUCUACGACAGUCCGACAAACAACGCUUUUUGCAUACCAAUCGAAAGUACUCAUUAAAGGUAACACAAAUGUUCACAUUGAUUGUGUAAAGGUAGUUUUCAACCAAAAUUACAGAUAGUUUCCCUAAGUCACAUAGUUAGUUGUCCAAGUGGGCUGCAAAAUUGCCAACAGAAAUUAGUAGAAGAGUGCAUCUUUGAACGACUACUAAAGCAGUGCACUUUAGCAAGGUGGCAUGAUU